AUGACUGACAGUCAACGAAUAAAUUGUUUAGCAGUUGAAGGAAGCGAACCGAGUAAAAAUGCUUUUAAUUGGUAUCUUAAAAACUACCACCAAGAUGGCGAUUUGUUAAUCAUAAUUCACGUUUAUCAAAUGGCAACAUUAGAUACAACAAAAAAUAACUAUUCGCAAAUUGUUGAUAAAAUAGAGAGCAGCGUAAAACUCAGCAACAGUAUUGUUAACUAUUAUACAGAAAUUUGUAAAGAAAAGAAUAUAAAGUAUAAAGCUGUUAUUGAAAGCAAUAAUCCAACAACUGUAGCAGGCAAAGUAAUAUGCGAAUCAGUUAAAAGAAACUUAGGAAACGUUAUAAUUCUUGGUCAAAGAGGUUUAAACAAAAUUAAAAGGUAUUCGGUAGGUAGCACAAGUGAUUACGUAUUACACCAAUCUGACGUUCCAGUCGUUGUAGUUCCUUGUGACAAAGCAUACUAA